AACGGAGCCUGCCAUGUUUUUCCCGUGCUCCUCUCGGCCAGCAGCCCAGCACGCUGUCGGCGCUAUAGCAACGGUAGCUAGCUGCGGAGAGACAGUGGCGACAGAGAAAUAAGAAGAGAGAAGGAAGAAUGAUAAUCUUACCUCAUUUCCUAAGCAAACUAUAGGAAAUACACUGUUGAAAGGAACACUGUCUCCAUGAUUGAACGUAGUAUUACUUUUAAAAUGAAGCUUUCAUCUUCUUCAAGCAGCACAUACAGGCCAUGUCUGGUCCAACUGAUGAGACGGCAGGAGACCUGCCUGUGAAAGAUACAGGUCUAAACCUCUCUGGAAUGGGAGGGUUACAAGAAACUUCAACAACACGGACAAUGAAGUCUCGCCAGGCAGUGUCACGUAUCAGUCGUGAGGAACUGGAAGACAGAUUUUUGCGUUUGCAUGAUGAGAACAUUUUACUUAAACAGCAUGCCCACAAGCAAGAGGAUAAAAUUAAAAGAAUGGCCACCAAGUUAAUACGGCUAGUUAAUGACAAGAAAAGAUAUGAGCGGGGUGGUGGCGGCCCCAAGCGGCUGGGACGAGAUGUGGAAAUGGAAGAAAUGAUUGAGCGGCUGCAAGAGAAAGUGCAUGAGCUUGAAAGACAGAAUGAAGUCCUCAAAAACAGACUCAUUUCAACCAAACAGCAACUUCAAAUCCAGGGUUACAGGCAAACACCGUACAAUUACGUGCAAUCUCGUGUUAACACGGGGCGUAGAAAAGUGAAUGAAAAUGCAGGCUCACAGGAAUGCCCCAGGAAAGGUAUUCGCUUCCAAGAUAUUGACGUAGCAGAAACUCUACAACCCAUGCUUACAAAACAUGGCAACAGUUUACUUGAAGAAGCCAGAGGAGAAAUAAGAAAUUUAGAAAAUGUUAUUCAGUCACAAAGAGGCCAGAUAGAAGAGUUAGAGCACUUGGCUGAGAUCCUGAAAACUCAGUUGAGGAGAAAAGAAAAUGAAAUUGAGUUAUCUCUUCUUCAGCUUCGAGAACAGCAGGCUACAGAUCAAAGGUCAAACAUUCGGGACAAUGUAGAAAUGAUUAAGCUUCAUAAACAACUCGUCGAGAAAAGCAAUGCUCUCUCAGUAUUGGAAGGAAAAUUUAUUCAGCUUCAAGAGAAGCAGAGAAGUCUCCGGAUCAGCCAUGACGCCUUGAUGGCAAAUGGAGAUGAGCUAAAUAUGCAACUCAAAGAGCAGCGUUUAAAAUGCUGCAGCCUUGAGAAGCAGUUACAUUCCGUAACGUUUUCUGAAAGAAAAAUAGAAGAGUUGCAGGAUAGAAUUAAUGACUUAGAAAAGGAACGGGAACUUUUAAAGGAGAACUGUGAUAAACUUUAUAACAGUGCCUUCAGUGCUGCCCACGAAGAGCAAUGGAAGCUAAAGGAACAGCAGCUCAAAGUGCAGAUCGCUCAACUCGAGACUGCCUUAAAGUCUGACCUAGCAGACAAAACUGAAAUCCUUGACAGAGUCAAAACCGAAAGAGGACCCUUAAUAAACCAAAAUGAGAAACUCAUCCAAGAAAAUAGAGAACUACAGUUACAGUAUCUGGAACAAAAGCAACAACUUGAUGAACUUAAAAACCGCAUGAAGUUUUACAACCAGGACAGUGAUAUUAAUGCUGAUGAAUUGAGUGAAGCUCUCCUGCUUAUAAAGGCUCAAAAGUCACAAAAAAAUGGAGACCUUUCCUUUUUAGAGAAAGUAGACAAUAAAAUUAACAAAGAUCUAGAACGCUCCAUGAGAGAGCUACAAGCAACUCAUGCAGAAACGGUGCAAGAGCUUGAAAAGACACGAAACAUGCUAAUUAUGCAACAUAAAAUUAAUAAAGAUUAUCAGAUGGAAGUUGAAGCAGUGACCCAGAAGAUGGAAAAUUUGCAGCAAGAUUAUGAACUCAAAGUGGAACAAUAUGUUCAUCUUCUUGAUAUCAGAGCUGCACGCAUUCAGAAACUAGAAGCCCAAUUAAAGGAUAUUGCCUAUGGCACCAAGCAGUAUAAAUUUAAACCAGAAAUCAUGCCAGAUGACUCUGUUGAUGAAUUUGAUGAAACCAUUCACUUAGAACGAGGCGAAAACCUAUUUGAAAUCCAUAUCAACAAAGUAACCUUUUCUUCUGAAGUUUUACAGGCGUCUGGAGAUAAAGAGCCUGUCACUUUCUGUACCUAUGCUUUCUAUGACUUUGAGCUACAGACCUCUCCCAUAGUGCAAGGCCUCCACCCAGAAUAUAACUUCACUUCUCAGUAUCUUGUUCAUGUUGACGACUUAUUUUUACAAUACAUUCAGAAGAAUACUGUCACUCUUGAGGUCCACCAAGCUUACAGCACAGAUUACGAAACACUUGCAGCUUGUCAGCUGAGAUUCCAUGAAAUUCUAGAAAAAAGUGGUCGAAUAUUUUGCACAGCAAGUUUGGUUGGAACUAAAGGAGACAUCCCAAAUUUUGGCAUAGUGGAAUACUGGUUCAGAUUACGAAUUCCCAUGGAUCAAGCAAUUCGACUUUAUCGAGAACAAGCAAAAGCUUUGGGAUAUAUAACAUCAAAUUAUAAGGGGCCAGAGCAAAUGCAUUGGUCAAGUCAGCAGGCACCCAAAACUGCUCAGCUCAGUUCUACUGACUCCACAGAGGGCAACUUAAAUGAACUUCAUAUUACAAUAAGAUGUUGCAACUGUCUGCAGUCCCGAGCAAACCACCUUCAGCCACACCCAUAUGUUGUGUACAAGUUUUUUGAUUUUGCAGACCACGAUACAGCCAUCAUUCCCAGUAGCAAUGAUCCACAGUUUGAUGAUCAUAUGUGUUUCCCAGUGCCAAUGAAUAUGGAUUUGGACCGAUACCUUAAGUCAGAGUCUCUGAGUUUUUAUGUGUUUGAUGAUAGUGACACUCAAGAAAAUAUUUACAUAGGAAAAGCCAAUGUGCCUCUGAUUUCACUGGCACAUGACAGGUGUAUCUCAGGAAUAUUUGAGUUAACAGAUCAUAAAAAGCAUCCUGCAGGAACCAUCCAUGUUAUAUUGAAAUGGAAAUUUGCUUACCUUCCACCAAGUGGAUCUAUAACUGAAGACUUAGGAAAUUUUAUACACAAAGAAGAGUCAAAAGUUGUUCAAAAACUACCUCCAUCAUCCUCUAUUAGCACAAUAGUUGCACCAACACCUAAACCAAGACAGCGUUUAACACCUGUAGAUAAGAAAGUAUCUUUUGUGGAUAUCACACCACAUCAGAGUUCUGAGAUAACUACUUCUCCUGAAGAUGGGAAGGAAAUUUCAUCAGAAGUGGAGCAUACACCAGAAAUAGAAAUUAAUAUGCCAACUCUUUCACAUAUUCCUGAGGUUUCUCAAGGAAGCAGUGUAACGAAGGUAAAAGAGAAUACUGAGAAAAUACAAGGAAGAGAUGAUGAUGUGUCUUGUCUCUCUGAGGGUCAGCUUGCAGACCGAAGUUUGUCUUCUUCAGAAGAUGAAACAGAAAUAACUGAGGAACUAGAACCAGAAGAUGAGGAAGAGAGAUCAGCAUCUGACAGUGAUGAAUGUAUUAUUCCUGGUCCUGUCUCCGAGAAUAUCAAACAGCCAUCAGAAAAAAUUCGGAUUGAGAUCAUAGCUCUAAGCCUUAAUGAUUCUCGAGUAACUGCCGAUGACACUAUCCAACGGCUGUUCGUUGAAUGCAGAUUCUACAGUCUUCCUGCUGAAGAGACACCUGUGUCACUUCCAAAACCCAAGAGUGGGCAGUGGGUCUACUAUAACUAUAGCAAUGUGAUCUACGUGGAUAAAGAAAACAACCAAGCAAAGAGAGACAUCUUAAAAGCUAUCCUACUGAAACAAGAGAUGCCCAAUAGAAGCAUUCGCUUCACUGUGGUCAGCGACCCUCCAGAGGAUGAGCAGGACCUGGAGUGUGAGGACAUUGGCAUAGUUGACAUUGACCUCGCUGACAUGUUUCAGGAAGGGAGAGACAUCAUCGAGCAAAAUAUCGAUGUUCUGGAUGCACGGGCAGACGGUGGAGGCAUUGGCAAGCUCAGGGUCACAGUCGAAGCACUCCAGGCCCUACGGUCUGUCUACGAGCAGCACAGAGAGGACCUGGAGGCUGAAAGAAGCCGCUCCAGAGGCAUCUCCUCCUCCCGAGUAAACACUCACAUGAAAGCCCUGAGAUGAGAUCUUUGUAAUCACUCUGGUGUAUAUAAUCUAUAAUUCAUGGGACGCGGGGAGGGGGAGGUCCGGGUCGGCAGUGUUCAAGUUUUGUAUACUUUUUCAUUUGUUUAUUUUGCUACUCCCUCCUUCCCACGACUGCCACCCCUCGGGACUUCAGUUCUCCACCAUGGGCAGUGCCUCCUCAAUAAUUCAUACCUACAUGAUAGCAUGAGAAAGCCCAUUUGCAUUUUCAACACUUUCUUAUGAAGAACUGACAUGCAAUUCCCAUUUUUAUUUGUAAUAAGCAAAAAGGAUAAAUCUGAGAAAACCAAGGAAAAAGACACACUUUUAUGUUAUCCCUAAUCAUCCCACUAAAUGGAAUGCCUACGAUUAGCCUCAUUAAGAGUUUUAUACUGUGAAGAUUUUAUUAGAAGCAAUAUAUGAAAAUUACUUGGAUUAAUGUGUUAAUCUUCCUCUUUAAAAUGCUAAUAUCCAUUUUAUGCACAUUAAAGCUCAGUAUGCAUUUUCUUUGAUGCAUGCAGUUUCUAUCAAUUAAAUAUAAAGAAGGAGACUCGGCACCAACUUCUGAAAUUACUUCAAGUUUUUGGUUUUCUUUCUUAAAAAUCACAGUUCUUCCCGUUUGUGUGGUUUUUAUGUAUUUGCGAUGGUGAUACGGGAUCCAGGGACGUGAAAUUUAUACUUUGAAAACUUAGCUUAUGACAUAGGAAAAAAAUUAUUAAAAGUAUGGUUCACAUUCUGAUAUGCUUAGUUAGACCUGAAAGGAAUAUCUUUUUUUUAUCAUUUUUUAAAAUUUACAUCAAGCCUUGUACAAAGGUGGGGUGGAUCUGGAUAACCAGAUCCUCGAAAAGCUGCUCAGAAAGUUAAUUUUCUAGCUUUUACCCAAUCUCACUGAAGGAUUUAAUUGAUAUUUUUAAUGGAGCCGUGAAUCAAUGCUGCAAAGGAAUUGUCUCUAGAGGUCUAGGAUAUAAUGCAUUUCAUUUUUUAAUUUACUUUUUUAUUUGUCAUUUUCUUCAAAGGAUUUUUAUAGGCUGUGGGUUUUCACUGUUUGCAAACAGGCUAUGUUCCUUCUUAAGCAUAUGUAAAGUAUUCAGGGAGAUAAGUAAUUUAUUAAAAUCUACCUAAUUUGCCGUGAUAUAUUAAAUCUCUGCUUCAGUGAUCACAGACCAUUUCAUUUAGAGAAUUAGGCAUUCCCUCUUUGUGUGAUUAAAGCUCUGGAAAAUGAGUUCUUUGCUCCUAUUUGUGAACAUUCAAAGCCUGCUAAUGGCAAGAAGAUGGAAUAGAUUAUGAGACAAUUCAUUACAGUUCAACAGAAAAAAAAAAGCAGCUAUAAUGCAAAAAUGCAAGUAUGAAUAUCUGCAUAUAGUUUGAACCAUCUGUGCUCUAAUGGCUUCAAUAAUGACUCUCGUCUUUAGGAGGCUUUGAAAUGACAUCCGUACAAUAUUAAUUUGUUGAUGUACAUUGUGGGACCAGUAGAGUACGAUCUGACCGCAGAAAUCUAUAAAUUCUGUCUCUACCAUUGGGCCUCCCUGUCUGGGGCCCGCCAUCUCCAAGAAGAAUCUUGCUCUCAUCAGACUCUGCAAAUCUUCAUAAUAACUCAUUCCUCUGGAACCUUCUAGAGACCGCAAACAUCUGCAGACUAAACCUCUCCAAUCCUAGUAAACAGCCACAUGUUUGUUGUCACUUCA